AGGUUUCUGCUGCGCUGCCCCAUGGAGGACGUGCCUGCCUCAUUCAGCUGCUGUGAUUGUCAGCGCCGCUUUCCUAGCCUCCCAGAACUAGUACGGCACCGAGAACUGCUCCAUCCAUCUCCCAGCCAAGACACUGAAGAAACUGACAGCAUCUCCCGGCCCUAUCGUUGUCAGCAGUGUGGGCGGGGCUAUCGGCACCCAGGAAGCCUGAUCAACCACCGUCUGACCCACGAGACGGGCCUCUUCCCCUGUACCACCUGCGGCAAAGGUUUCACAAAUCCUAUGGCCCUCAAAAGCCACAUAAGAACUCAUGUUCCGGAGGGCCGCCGCAGACACAGGCCUCCCCGCCCCAAGGAAGAACCCUCAUGCUUCCAGGGUGAGAUGGUGUCCACCAACUCAUGGGGCCAGAAGCUGGGCCCUGAGGAUGACUGGGAAAACCAGACAAAGAAUACCGAGGAGGUGCCCACCUGCGAGUCUGGGCCUGAGCCCAGGGCAGCUCCAGGAAAUUGGGAGGAUCCAUCUACUAAACCAAGGGAAGAAUGGGAAAGCCAGCCAGAUCCCCAGGAGGGCACAAAACACUGGGGGGCCACCACUAGCCCUGCCAGAGCCCCACCACUUCCCACUCCAGCCACCAGCCUACUUAGCAACUUGGAACAGUAUUUGGCAGAAUCAGUUGUUAACUUCACAGGUGGUCAGGAGCCCACAUCGUCCACUCCUGCUGCAGAGGAGCGGCGGUACAAGUGCACCCAAUGUGGCAAGACCUACAAGCAUGCCGGCAGCCUCACCAACCACCGCCAGAGCCACACCGUGGGCAUAUACCCUUGUUCUAUCUGCUUCAAGGAAUUCUCUAACUUAAUGGCCCUGAAGAACCACUCCCGGCUCCAUGCCCAGUAUCGGCCAUACCGGUGUCCCCAUUGCCCCCGUGCCUUCCGACUUCCCCGGGAGCUGCUGGACCACCAGCAGUCCCAUGAAGAUGAGAAGUCAGACAGGCCAUGGGACGAGAAGGAGAUGCCAACCACCAAUGGUCACGUAGCUGAGGGCAGUCGGAACCAGCUUCCUAUCACACAGCUGCUGAACAGCUCUGGGGAGCUGGAUGACAGUGCCCUGGAAGAAUACCGGCCUUUCCGAUGUGAGCAAUGUGGACGAACAUACCGCCACGCUGGGAGCCUCAUUAACCAUCGCAAGAGCCACCAGACUGGUAUCUAUCCCUGCCCAGUCUGUUCCAAGCAGCUGUUCAAUGCGGCUGCCCUCAAAACCCACGUGCGGGCUCAUCAUAAGCCGCGUGAGCCCUUCAGAGACGAAGACGGCUCCACCCCUGUGGAUCACCGCCCCUAUAAGUGCACCGAGUGUGGCCGGGCGUACCGCCACCGGGGGAGCCUGGUGAAUCACCGCCACACUCACCGGACGGGAGAGUACCAGUGCUCGCUCUGUCCCCGCAAGUACUCCAACCUCAUGGCCCUGCGCAACCACGUGCGGAUGCACUGCAAGGCUGCGCGACGCAACGCUGGCCCAGGGGCCAAGGAGCCCCCCAGCCACAGCAGCGCAAGAGCAGAAGCGACCCCACGUGUGGAGCCAAAGCGUGAAUGCAAGCAGGAGGAGGAGGCUACUGAUAUUCCCCCAGCGGCAGAUGGGACAGCGCCCCAGAUCUGUAGCGUCUGUGGGAUGGUCUUUGAAGACCCUGAGCGCCUUGAGCGUCACAGCCAGAGUCAUCGGGGAAGGAAUGGAGAAAACAACCAGCCGGAGCCCACAGUGUCCCCUCCUCGAACAUUUGCCUGUCAAGACUGUGGAAAGAGUUACCGGCACUCGAGCAGCCUCAUCAACCACAGGCAGACCCACAGGAUGGGCGACUUCCGCUGUGGGACCUGUGCCAAGCACUUCCCAACCAUGGCUGCCAUGAAGAACCACUUGCGACUCCACAGUCGGCGCCGGAGCCGGUGCCGCAGGAGAACUGGCAGCACUGGCAGCACUGGUGGCAGUGGGGUUGCCAAACCCUCAUCUGAGAAGGACUGGGCCCAGGAUGUGGAUGAUGAUGAUGAUGAGAACCCAGACUUUCCCCAAGAUCUUACAGGAGAAAGUCAUAGUGGAGCUGAAGACAGCCUGGGUGGGGGCUGUUUGCAGGCCAACUCUGAGGGGAAGCAGCAUGGGCUCGAGAGGUCUGAGGCCUGUAUAAAGAGAGAGAGAGAGAGCAGAGACGACAAGGACGGAGUGGAAAGGAAGGAGAACCGUCGUCUAGAUAAGGUGAACAUAUUAGUUAAACACAGCAGUGGGGCUCGCCUCUGCCAUGGCCUCACCGUCGGUGUGGAUGAAGACCGGAAACCAGUGAUUAACUUACGCAAGCCUGUUCCCCACUCUACUGAUGCUGUCCGUGGGUGGCAGGCUGAGGCCUCCCACACAUGCACUGACUGUGGGCGUUCCUUCCCUCACGCCACCGGCCUGCUGAACCAUCGGCCCUGCCAUCCACCCGGCAUCUACCAGUGCUCUCUUUGCCCCAAGGAGUUUGGCUCUCUGCCUGCCCUGCGCAGCCACUUCCGGAACCACAGGCCUGGAGAGGUGAGCCCAGCUCAGCCUUUCCUCUGCUGUCUCUGUGGCAUGAUCUUCCCUGGCCGGGCUGGCUACAGGCUCCACCGGCUCCAGGCUCACGGCUGUUCUGCCCUGACGGAGGGCUCCGAGGAGGAAGGGGAGGAGGAAGGUGCAGCAGAGGCGGCCACGGCCCGAAGCCCUCCUCUGCAGCUCUUGGAAGCAGAGCUCCUGAACCAGCUGCAGCGCGAGGUGGAAGCACUGGAUGGAGCAGGCUAUGGGCACAUCUGUGGCUGCUGUGGUCAGACCUACGAUGACCUGGGCAGCCUGGAGCGUCACCACCGAAGCCUGGGUGGUGCUUUGGGGAACACCAUAGACAAAGCACCCAGCCACGUGGGAGAGUCAGGUAAUGGCACAGAGAUGGUUACAGAUGAUGUCUAUGAGGGUGCUAUUUCUUCAGUCGCAGGGGAGGGUGCAGACGUGAGGUCUAGAGAGGGAGUAGGUGCCACAGUUGCAGACAGCUUUUGCAUGCAGGGUAGUAAUAAUUCCCUGGAGGCCCCGCCCCGCCCCUUCUGCUGUAACCAGUGCGGCAAGACCUAUCGGCACAGGGGCAGCUUGGUGAAUCACCGCAAGAUCCACCAGACUGGAGCCUUCACCUGCCUGGUGUGCUUAUGUUGCUACCCUAACCUGGCUGCCUACCGGAAUCACCUCCGAAGCCACCCUUUCUGCAAAGGCUCCGUGCCCCAAGUGGGGCCAUUCCCAGGGGUAGAAGGCAGCAGUCAGGCUCAGAACACAGCCGAGGAAGGCCAGGGCUCGCAGGAAGAAGUAGGAAAGCUUCAGGAAGAGCUCAAAGUGGAGCCCCUGGAGGAAGUGGCCAAGAUCAAAGAAGAGACCUGGGAAGAGACCACUGGGAAGUGGGAGGAGGCAGAGGAUCCACAGUUGGAGACCGCAGAGAAAGGCUGCCAGACUGCAGGCAGAUCAGAGAGGCUCUUCGGCUGUGAGGUGUGCGGCCGGUCCUACAAGCACGCAGGCAGCCUGAUCAACCACCGCCAGAGCCAUCAGACUGGCCACUUCGGCUGCCAGGCCUGCUCCAAGGGUUUCUCAAACUUCAUGUCCCUUAAGAACCACCCGGAUCCCAGGCAGUUCCGCUGUGGUGAGUGUGGGAAGGCCUUCCGCCUGCGGAAGCAGCUGGCCAACCACCAUCAAGUCCACUUACAGCGGCAUGGGGCUGGGGGCUUCCAGAAGCUGACUUGGAAAGAUCGGCCUUUCCACAGCAGGCAGUAUGAGCAAGCCUCCUACCACACUGGCAUCCCUGAGACAGGCCAGUACAGCUGCCCCACAUACCCCAAGACGUGCUCCAACCACGUGGCACUGGGUAACCACCAGAGGCUACUCAGGCGGUGGGUAGGGCUCUCCCAGUGGGCAGCUGUUCCCUGUGCCCUCUGUGGGGAGGGCUUCCCAGGCUGGGGCUCUUGGGAGCAGCACCCGCAGGAGCAUGAGGAGACCAUCAAGAAGCAGGGAGACACACGGGUCAGUGAGGGGAACCGAGCAGAGGCCCAGUUACUCAAGGUCAGGUCAUGUGAUAAUGAGACACUACUUCAGCUGGAGGAUGGAGCCAUGAGGCCAGUUGAGCAGAGUCAGAGCGCCAUCCGGGCAUCAUCGGGACAGCGGAGACAAGAUAGUAGCUCUCAGCAUCAGCUAGGGAGCUUUUCUUGCUGCCAAUAGGGCAGGACCUCCUUUCUUAAACCUGUGGCUACUAAGAGCUGUAGCCACAACUACGUAGCCACUUAGACCUUUGCCAGCCCUGACAGCAGGGCCUUUCAGUCCCACUGUCAACAGGCCAGCCACCUGCAAACUCAUGCCAGGGGUAUCAGCCAUAUGCUACUCCACACGGAGGCCAGGGAUCCCAGAGCUGGGACAACAGGCCCAGGAGAGAAUGCUGGGAUAACUAGCAGAGGGAAAAACGUGAAGUCCACGGUGGCUGAAGAUGAGCAGUCCCUCCAGUGUGGCUGUUCCUCCUGUGCUGGUAGCUUGCUGAACCUCCAGAAGGCCUACACCACUGGAUUCUAUUCCUGCUCCCGCCCCAAAUGUCUACCCAACCUGAUGCCCCUCAAGAUCUGUGGCAGGACCCACACGGACCCCAGAUGCCACCACUGCAGCAUUUGUGGCAAAGCUUUCUGGAUAACCAUCAGGAGCUCCAGUGGCACCAGUGGCAGGCAGAGGGAACUCGCCACUGCCCCUUCCACCUACCCCGACUCCACUCCUGGACCCUUCACCCCAGUGGCCUGCAGACCUCAGCUUCUCCCUUUGAACGCCAAGUCUCCAAAGAUCAGAAUUUAG